AUGAUUCACAGAAAGCGUAUUCUACAACAAAGUGGAAUAUUCAUUAAGCAAAAUCCAGGUGAAGCACACCUCACAAUUGAUGAGCUGCGUGAAAUGGCUGCGAGUGACAACUCUGCUUUAUUGAUGUCCAAAGUGUCGAGAUACAUUGGCAAUAUUGCAGGUACUAAUGCUUACUGGAAUAAAGUGAGAGAGGAACUGAAAGCUAUAAUAACUAAUGUUGGAGCACCAACAUUGUUCUUUACUUUCUCAUCAGCAGAUAUGCACUGGCCUGAAUUACAUGCUCUCUUUGGAGCAAACACUGGUAAUGCCACUAGUGAGGCAAGGAGACAAAAUGUUAUUAACAAUCCACAUAUAGUUGAUUGGUUCUUUACACAGAGACUAGAAAAGUUUGUUAAACACUGGCUUUACGAUACACUUGGUGCAAAAUGGCACUGGUUUAGAUAUGAAUAUCAAGGUAGAGGUAGUAUCCAUUGUCAUGGUACUGCUAAACUAAAUAAUGACCCAGGUUUGUGUCAACUUACUCAGACUGCUUUGAAAGGUUUCUUAGCUCAAAAAUUUAAGGAUGAAAAUGAUUGUUCUGACACAACUGAACUAGACCAGGAUAUUGAAGCUGGUCAGAAAGCAGCUGACACAGUAUGUCAGUAUGUUGAUUGGUUAUUAUCAACCGUCAAUCCUAAUCCACCAGACGAGGAAAUGUGGAUAAGACCUGAGGUUCAUCCAUGUCAAAGAAGUCAUCAUGACAUUCCUGAACAUGAAAAACAAUCAGAUUAUGUAGAUCUUUUGAACAUGGUUCAACGACACACUCGUUGUAGUACAAGUUAUUGUCUUAGAAAGAAGUCAAAUGAAACAGAGUUGAAAUGUAGAUUUCAUUUCCCUUUUGAUAUUUGUCCUAAGACAAAAUUAGAAUUUGAAAAAAUUCAUAGUUCAGGUGAUAAUGAGCAUUAUCGAGCUAAGAUUGUGACUAAACGAAAUGACUCUAGGUUAAAUAACCACCAACAGCUACAGCUCCAAGGAUGGAGAGCUAACUGUGAUAUUCAAGUUGUUAUUGAUCACUAUGCUUGUGUUGAAUAUCUCACAAAAUAUGCUGCUAAAGGUGAGCCAAGAUCACCUAUAUAUUGA